CGUGAAAGUCGAACGAAGACUCUCAUAGCAGACGAUUCUACAAUAAACUAGAAAUGUGAUUCUCUUCUCUUUGCUUUUUCUUAUCCUAAUAAACUGGAAAGACAAACGCAAGCGAUUUUUGUUGCGAUUUAUUGGUUAAGACAAAUUGAGACAUAUACUGAAUAUCGUCUACAGCAAGGAGAUGUUACUGAUCGAGUUCGACGUGUUUUUCCUAAUCGAGACAAAUGGAAUACUUGAAAGACGUUGAAAUAAAACCGAGAAAAUUGUCUUAAAACUCAAGAGCAAAUUAUUCUUUUAAUUUCAAGAUGGAGGUCGAUGGAAAGUGCUAAGCCUUAAAGAGACGUAGAGAAGAACUAUGCUUUUUAAAGUCUGUAUAAUUGGAAAAGUGCUAGAUUCAUCAUUUGGUUUUCUCAGUGUUUUCCUUGUUCUAAUAUUUCACAAAAGUUUUUCCUUAAGUGAUGAUAGAGUUCUUCGUUUUAUUGACAUUUUACCAUCUGAUUCUAGAUCGUAUGACAAGAUGAGACCACCAAAGGCUGACGGUCUUCCAACUACUGUUCAAUAUCACGUGACUGUAAUGGGAUUAGAUUCUAUAAACGAAGAGUCCAUGACGUAUGCUGCAGAUAUAUUUUUUGCUCAAUCGUGGAAAGACCCCCGCCUUCGUUUACCAGAAAACAUGACUUCAGAUUACAGGCUGUUAGAAGUCACCUGGUUGCACCAUAUAUGGAAACCAGAUUCUUUUUUCAAGAAUGCUAAAGCAGUGAAUUUUCAAACAAUGACUAUCCCUAACCAUUAUGUCUGGCUAUAUAAAGACAAAACUAUACUCUACAUGGUUAAAUUGACUUUAAUUCUCUCCUGUGCAAUGAACUUUGUAACAUAUCCUCACGACACGCAACACUGUUCCCUAGAAAUGGAAAGCUUAUCCCAUACCACCGAUGAUUUGAUUUUUGAUUGGGCAGAACACGUUCCGUUGGAAGUCAGUGAAGAAAUUGAACUUCCACAAUUGGAUCUUAUCAAAACUGAACGGAAAGACUGUACGCAAGUUUAUUCAACUGGUAACUUUACUUGUUUGCAAAUCACAUUUACUCUGAAGAGACGUCUAGGAUACUAUCUAUUUCACACAUAUAUACCAACAUGCCUCAUAGUUAUAAUGUCCUGGGUGUCCUUUUGGAUUAGACCAGAGGCUGUCCCAGCGAGGGUGACACUUGGAGUGACCAGCCUCCUCACUUUAUCUACACAACACGCGAAGAGUUUGGACUCUUUGCCUCCCGUUUCCUAUAUAAAAGCUAUAGACAUUUUCAUGGCCUCUUGCACUAUAUUCGUAUUCUUAUCGCUUAUGGAGUUUGCCAUGGUGAAUGCUAUAUUAGAAGAUUGCCUUACUAUAAAACUUAAGCAUAAGCUGUUUAAAAGGAAAUUUGAAGAAAGCAUGAAAGAAGAGAAAAUUGAGGAUUGUGCUAACUGUAGUACAAUGGAGCGUAAAUCAACAAGAUUGUCACGGAGAGUGCAAAAACGCAGAAACUACGCUGCAAAAAUAGACAUGAUAUCACGAAUAGCGUUUCCAUUAAGUUUUGGAAUAUUGACUGUCACCUAUUGGUUCUAUUUUGUCGUCAGUCAAUGAAAAUUCAUUUUUUGUCUCAAACCAAUGUGCUUGCUCAGUGGUGAUUCUAUAUUGACUUUCAAAUACUUCAUUAUAUAUAUAAUGAGCAAUAAUUUUAUACUUUAUUAAAUGUAACAUGAAUUUAGAAUUACUUUAUAUAUUUUUAAAUAAAUUCCUAACGUAUGUUUUUAACACAUUUGUAACUGCUAACGUCACAUGAUGUUCUAUUUCUGGCUGCUAUAAACUUGAUUAGAUAUCUUUCUUAUGGACUAGUCCUAGUUAUUAAGGACAUCAUUUGAAAUUCUUAUUCUACUGGUUCUUCUGACUCCCUUUUAGAAUUUAAAUUAAUCGACUGCGGAUAAUUUAAGCAAAUAUAUAUGUUCAAAACUAAUUCAACCUGUUUUUUUUGUCAAAAUGUCUCAAUUGAUAUAGAUAUAUAUCAAUUGAGACGUUUGAGAUUAGAAAUACUGAGCAUUAUUAAUAAGAAUUGACAAGUAUUUAUGUAUUUAAAGGAUUGAAGUUUUUCUUUUUUUUAAAUUUUCCAGUGAGGAAUAUAUAAUUAAGUAUGGUGAAACUUCCAGCUAUGGGCACCCCUGCACAACGGAUGCCUCUCAAUACGGACAUAUUUUUAAUUUCCCCUUGAAUCUUCUAUGAAUAAACCAUUGUACACAUUCUCCGCAAAGUGAAAAUUCCAGUAACAUGACGCGGACAGUCAUUUUUUUCCCUGAAACGUUAUUUCCUAUCUCUUCAAACCAGUAGUAUAAAGCGUAAUUUAUGAAAAUACUAUAAUUAUUCAAUUAAAAAAUAGUUAAGUGGUCAAAACUAUCGUUAACACUCUUAUCAAAUGCGCCUUUUUGCAGACUUGUUUCGUUAUUCUGCGUUUCUUAGGCGAGCCACACACUGAUGAGGGAAGCGGUUAGGAAGAAGCAUACAAGAGGCGAAUUUCUGUACUUUUGCGUUAGGAUGCGCAGAGAUGAUGUGCGCAUGCUAAUACUAAAGUAUAGAAAUCUGCCUCAAACAUGUCUUAGAUGGACAGAAAGUACAAUUCUGCUAUUUUAUGUCACUUUUAAGUGCGUCUUCAGUUGGAUUUUAAACAUUCAAAUUAUCUUCAAUGUUUAUUUUGAUGUAACUUAAUGUUCGACUGUUUGACAACAAUUCGCUCGAAUACGCCACUUCGGGUAAACACCGGGAAAGAGGAAAGGGUCAAGUCAUGGAAAAUGACUUGACCCUUUCCUCUUUCUCUCUCCUCCUCUUCCUCUUUCUUAGCAUUUUUCGUAUUUACUUGUCGAAAUAUUUUUUUAAAAAUUUCCACGGUGCUUUCUUUUAGAGCUGUGUUUAAUAUAGUUCUCAGUUCCAAAUAGUUUUCCAACUUAAAUUUUUUUAAUCUGCUUAAAAAGCAUGAGAGAAGUUAAUAUACUUCGUUCUCCCAUGACUCUCCACACGCUAAUGAUGAAAGUAUGUGAAGGAUUGCCAUAGGUAGAGAAUCUAGCUCUACGCCACCUGUAGCCCAUUUUGAUUUCCAAUUACAGCGAAUCUCGAAAAGAAACAAGUGUACAUCAGUGCUUAUAACUCAUUACAACCUUAAAUAACUAAUUUUACUAGUUAUAAAGAUACUGUGAUUGAGGUAGUGUGAGCGCAACGUGGCAGGGAUCGGUAGUCUGCGAAACGAAUGUUUAGUUAUCUAGGUUAAAAUAAAAACUCAGCAGUUUUUGGUAGUCAGAGAUAACGAUUCCUUUUAAAAACGAACAAAAAAAACAGAUAUCUAAACAAUAUUUUAACUCCGGAACUUGUUACAAUGAAAUUAGUUUUGUACUUAUGAUAAAUUAACAUUGAAGUAAGUAUUAUUUUCUGAUGUUAGUGUAUCAUAUCUGAGUACAGAUAAUGUUAAAUUCGUUUUUUUUUCUUAUACUCCCAUAUCAUUUGUCAAUCCUGUUAAAUACAUUGUGCUAAAAAUUUUAGAUUCCGUUUUAAAAUUAUUUAGAAUUUAACUAUGUGAUCUGAAAACAUGCAAGAUAUAUAUUAUACUUAAAAUUUUUGAAUCCAAUGCAAAAGUACUUAGAAUUUAAGUAAAUGUUAUAAGCAUACAGCAAUUUAAAAUGUUUUUAAUCAUAUGUUUGAGAUUGAUUAACCUGCAUUUUAUCUGAAAUUAAGUAUUCUUGCAUUAUUACUACAAAAUCUUUAAAGUAGGUUUCUUUAAUUUACUUUACCUAUUCUAAAGAGACCACCUUAUAUGUAUUUUUUUUUAUUUUCAUCUUGUUUAGAAAUUCUGACACUCUCUCAGUUUGAAGUUAAAAAUUCGUCGUUCGCAAAUGUGUUAAUAACAUCACACGUCAAGACAUCCAUAUGGAACUACUGUAGUUAAUUAAGUCCUGCGAAAAAAUAACUUUUGAAGCUAAACAAUUUAUCACUUUUCACGAUGCAAGAUGUUUUUUAAAAGUUACUUAAAAGUAGCAAUAUUUAAUAUCCGCUAACUUAAAAAUAUACGAGAGUAGCAACACCAUGAAUUUUAAAUUACAUUCACUCGCACCUUUCUACUACAUCAAGUUUUCUCUUGCUAACAAUCUGUAACUUUAGUAAUUUUUUAGAAUAUUUUAUAGGCUACGCUAAGAAAAUUUAUUGAGUUCUGAAAUAAUCGGAAAUAUAAAUAAUUAACUAGUUUGAAAUUGCAAAACAUUUUUAAAAAUCAGAUUAAAAAUAAUUCAUUUGAAAGCUCUUAAUAGUGGUUUAAUAAGUUUGGUUUAAUAAGUGGUUUAAUAAGUUUAGCGUACAAGAAAGACCAAAGUUUAAAUACAGUCGAACCUCGAACCAUCGUUCCCUUAUCUCACACACAAUACCUUGUAUUAAUGCUCACGUCACUAAGGCUAUUUUAAUAAUGAAAUUCAUUUAGAUUAAUUUUGAAAAUUUAAAAUUCAAAAUAUGAUAAUUUUUUUGAAGUAACUUAAAAAUAGCUGUAUUUAAUAUCGGCUAACUUAAAAAUAUACGAGAGUAGCUACAACAUGAAUUUAAAUUACAUUUAUUUACUCCUCUCUACUUCAUCAAGCUUUUUCUUGCUAAUAAUCUGUAACUUUGAUAAUUUUCUAGAAUAUUUUAUAGGGUACGCUGAGAAAAUUUCAUGAGUUCUGAAAUAAUCGGAAAUACUUGAAUCUGAUAAUCUCAAAUAAUCCAAAAUCGGUGAAAAUUGAAUUUAAUUAGUUUUUUAAAAGGAAAACAGUAAAUCUCUCUCUUUCUCUUUUAACUCUUCAUACGAAUGCUGAUGCAAAAAAUCAUGAUUCAUUAAUGCUUGGUGAAAGUGCCUAAAAUAUCACGUUUAAUGUUUGUGCAGCAGUUAAUAAAAAUAUUGAAAUCUGUGGUUGAUUUGAUAAAAGGUUGUAGAAACUAACGAAGUUCUUAGUGUUACCGAUGUAGAUGGCGAAAGAGAGCCACAGCCAGUACUACCAACAUCAGUGACCAGUACUAUCAACUUUGAUACCUUUGGAACAAUAAUGAACUUUCUGUAUUUGUACGAACUUACGGAUCUUAAUCACAUAUAGCAAAAAUGUCAGAAAUUAAUUAUUCACACUGAGAAAAAAAUUAUUCAAACAAAAACUAAGUUAAAAUAAAUACAUAUUUUCGUCUGCAUUUCGAAUUGUAAAUAGUUUUGGAUAUUUUAUAUCAAUUCAAACUUUUUAUACUUAUUGUACAUAUAUUAAUUUUUACGUUAAGUAUUAUUUCUUUAAUACUUACCAUACAUUUAUAAGCAAUUAUUAUCCAUUUUAUGUUGAUUCACAUCCGUUAUUUUCCCUCAUCUAUCAUUCAUAACGAAUGGUUUCAUGAGAAGCGAUUGAUCGAGGUUCUAUUGCAUUUAUAUUUACGAAACUAUAACACAUAUUGCAAUAAAUAAAACACGAAGCUAAAGAAAAAUAUACCAAGUUAUUUUUCCUCAAUUGCUAUUAUGAGAUGAAUAGUUCUUUUGUUGUACAUAUGUGGAACUUUUAACCUGCCAUCAACUAUGUGCGUUACAUUUUUCAGUAUCAGACUACGGUUAAUAUGUUACUGGAGUGCGUUCUUUAACCCUUUGAAGCAGAAUUUUUAUUAAACAUAUUUUUCAUCCUUUUUCAUUAUUUUAUAUUGAUUUAGGUCAAAAUAAAUGAAAAAUAUUAUAUUUAGCAUUAUAAUAAUUUCUGGUUAUGAAAUACAGCAUUGAAAACCGAUGUCUUUUUCAGCGUUAAAGGUAAAAUCUUCCAAACAUGAUUUCCAACAAGCGAAACAGUAAUUCAUCAAUGAAAUUUUUUGUGAUUAUUUUUUGCUCAUAUUCAAUCAUAAAUGAUUGAAUAUGAAUAAUUUUUAAACUAUUUUUUUUCGAUUUUAUAGUACAAGCUUAAUUCUGGUAAUUCCCCGAAGUUUAGCGCAUGUUUAAUUCCGAUAAUUCAAAAGUUUAGCUCAUGUUUAAUUCCGAUAAUCUAACAAAAACUUUUAGUAAGUAUUAGACGGUUUUUAUGGUUAAAAAGCAUAAAAAAAUAUUUUUGAUUGUAAUGAAAGCAUCAGAAAAAAUAGAUAUAAUAGACACCGGUUUCUCUACUUCUUCAGAGGGUUGCGCUUGCGUAGUAUUUUCAGUAUCAGUGAUUCAUAAACAGUAUAUUUGUCGCAACAUUUUAUUUAUAAAAAAAAAAUGGAUCAUAUGGGGUGAAUUGUAGAAUCACAUGAUGUAAAUUUCAAUUCAAUCAAAAGCAAAAGGGAAAUUAAAAAAUUAAAAUUUCCUUUUUUGCAACUUUAAAUUAAAUACAAGCAUAAAAAGGCUUCUUAGUAAAUAAAAUUUGCAUUCUUUUAAAUAAGUAUGAAAAUAAAAACUUUUUGGCAGCCUGAUACGCCAUAGAAAGUGAUAAAUAACUAAUAAAACAUUCAAGUUAAAAUCAAGAUUGAUAAAAUGAAAAAUAUAUAUAUAUAUUGUUAAAACAAAUGCUUUAAUAGAGAGCUUUAUGGACCAAACUUUGAAAAAUCGUUACAUUUAAUAGAUGUAGAAUAUAUAUAAACAUUUUCUCUUGCAAAAUAUUAAAAACAUGUUCUCUUGUAAAAUAUGAAAAACAUUCUCUUUGACUUACACUUUUAAACUCAUGUUUUAUUUCGUUGUCUUUAAUUCGAAUUCAAAUAAACUUCUUUAUUAUAACUAUUUCUCAAUUUCAAUUUCAUUUUGUUUUAAACUAAUGUAGCUUAUUAGAAUAAAAUCAACCCAUUUUUAAUGUAUUUGAAAUCAAAAUAAAUAAUAUGUUUAGUUUUUAUAUGUCUUUGAUUUAAAACAAUUUUCAUAUUAUGAUAUUUAAUGCAUGGCUCUUUGUUCGUUAGCUUUUUUUUCUUUCUUAAUACAUAUUGACAUAUUGAAUACUGUACAUCUGUAUAUCCUGCAAUUAUUUUUUCGUAAUCUCACAUAAGAUAUAUAUAUAUAUUUGCUUUUCAUACAAAAAUGCAAACAUAUUGAAAUCUCAAUUUUGAAUUUUUUUUGUCGCUUUGGUUAAUUUUUUUAUUCUAUCAUUACGAUGGUUCCCGAAGAGAUUGUCUCUGGUUUUAAUCAUUGACAGUUACAUUGAAUACUGUAUGUGAUCAGAUUAUUGUUUCUUUCCAUUAGAGUUUUACAUUCUAAACAAAUAUAUAUCCUAUUGAAUCCAUACAUUAUCUUAUCGACUCAGGGGCAUUUUUUCUCACUGUUUUAUCUGUCGUUUAGAGGAAAUUUAUUUACCUUACAUGGUGCCUACGAUAAAGUGAUUGUUAGAAAAGUUAUAUACAUUAGGUGCCACGAGUGUUUUCUUUUUUCGUAAAAAAAUGAUGGACAAAAUGUUUCUCUAAGUUGACUAAAUUUGCAUCUCACGAAGAAGGGAAGACAGUUAUUUCGCCACUUAGAUAAAAUUUUUGCUUCAAGCACAUGCAAGGAAACGGUUUCGAAAAAAAUAAGUUUCUUUUUCUUUAAUUUUAGAAAGAAAAAACUAUCAGUGAAACUGCAUGUUCAUCUCGAACUAAAACAUGCUAAAAGCUGAUUGAUCCUUAUACAUUAAAAAUAAUUGGUUCAAUUGUGAACUACAAGUAUAAUAUCAGCAUUUAAUAAACCACUCAUCUUUAUUGAAGUUAAACAAUAGUGCAAUGUGAUUGAGUGUAAAUUUGUCACCUUACUGCAGUUCAAUAUGUUUAUAAAAUGCCACCUAUAUAGUUCAUAAGGUACCGAUCCUGUUAAUAAUCCACACAUUUCAGAGGGGAACAAGAAAAUUCUGGGUAAAUUCCACAAAUUGUAAGGAAAUAAUUGAAAGAAUAUCAAAUUGCUGCUCAAAUGUUUUUUCAGCAGUUUAUGCAGGUUUGAACAAAUUGGAUGUGUACCUAGGCAAUUAUUUCAAAAAUAUCGGACUGAAUUUCAUUCCGAAAAUUUUCUAACUGUGUUGGAAUAGUUUAAUUUUCUUAAUAAAAUUGAGGUUAUUUUCGAACAUGUCCUUUUUCAUUCUUUCUCAUUCUCCUCCGAACUUGAAGUUCUUGAAGAUCUAAAUCAUCAAUACAUUUAAAUUAAAGAAUCUCUUCGGGAUUUACCAUCAUUUAAAUUCAGAGAGACGGGAAUAUUUCAUUAAUUUUUUAAACAUCUAAUUAUAAAUUAAGCUUUAAGCCUUUUUCAAAAUAAUUUUAUUAAUUAUGAAAUGCGAUUAAAUGUGUACAUUUGCUCAUGUAUGCGUUCUACUCUAAAUAAUAUGUGUAUAUUUUUUCUUUUUACGUAAAUUUGUAAUUGAAAUAUCUCAUAUUCAUUAAAUGUUAACCAUUGUAUUUUGUCUCUUGUUAAAUUAUGAAAAAGUUUAAGAUAUAUAUAGUUAUAUAAUUAUAUUUGUACCUUGAUUUUAAU